CCACAGCAUGGUAGAACACUCGUGUAGCAGCGUCAGAGCAUAAUAGUGCCACAGUCUCAUAGUGCCACAGUGUCAAAAACUAGUAACGAUGGUUAUUAAAGAUUUUGAUAGCGUAUUUGUUCAUAUUGGCGGGUUUGGGAAAUACCAGAUGGUAAGUGACCAUUUUUUUAUGAUGAUUAUUCUCUUCUUCUGCGUCAACUACCUCAUGUGCGCCAUCGCCUCCUUCGUGUACUUCGGCCAGUUCUUCAUGACCCUGACCCCGCCUCACUGGUGCGCGCCUCCGCCUGACCUCGCCCGGCUCAACCUGACCUCGGAGCAGGUCAAGAGACUCACCAUUCCGAGGGAUCCGCACUCGGGGAAGUACCUGGAGUGCGUCAGGUACCAGGUGGAUUUCAGCCAGGUGGUAGAAAACCAGACCAGCUGGCCCGUCCCCAGCUGGCCGACGAUCAGCUGUACCCACGGCUGGGUGUAUGAUUUCUCUCUUUUCUAUCCAGCCAUCACGUCUCAGUUCUUCGUGGGGUCCCUGGUGGGGUCGCCUGUGCUGGGCUGGGCGGCCGACGCGUGGGGGCGCCUGCCGGUCAUCGUGGCCACCAACGUCGUGGGCGGGCUGGGGGGCGUGGCCUCCGCCUUCUGCUCCUCCUUCGUCUCCUUCGUCGUCUUCAGGUUCAUCGUCGGGAUGACCUACGACACGCACUAUAUGGUCGCCUACAUCCUGAUCAUGGAAUACGUCUCGACACCCAUUGCAGACGCCCAAACCGCCAUCACGGUGCUAGCAAUGUUAGGGAGAUUGCUCAUCACGAUGCCAGGCAACGUGGGCUUGCAAUACAAAGUCGAAGUGUUGCCCACCGUUGCAAGGGCACAGGGCAUGGCUUUCAUCUACACUGUGGGCUUCGUCGCCGCUCUCCUGUCGCCGUAUGUUGUCUACUUGUCCAAGUUCGGCCACUUCCUCCCUUACACCAUCCUGGGCGUGGCGACCGUCGUGGGCGGCCUCGCGUGCGUCCUCCUGCCGGAGACGCUCGACCAGAAGCUGCCGGACACCCUCGAGGACGGAGAGGAUUUCUUCGCGGGUCAGGGAUGCUGCUACGACCCUUGCGCCAGAUACAAAACUCAAGUAUCAACUUCAGACGACCAGGUUGAGAUGUCUUUAUGA